AUGGCGAGGGGCGCGAGCACCUCCGGGGCGGUCCUGACGCACGCGCGCUGCGUCAGCGGCAGCGCGGUUCACUGGGCGAAGGGCGCGGGGAAGGGGGCGAAGAAGACGGACGCGGUCGCCGCCGACGGCGGGGCGUCCACCGGGUCGAUGUCGACGACGCACUGCACGGGCCUGAACAUCCUCAAGGAUGGGAAGGACCCCGAGUUGAUGCCCGACGACCAGUACCCGGACUGGCUGUGGACGAUACUCGACCCGGAGAAGGGUAACAUCGCGAUGAAGACGUUGGGGGAACUGGAGAAGGAGCUGGUGGCGGCGAAGAAGGCGGACGUUGACCUCAAGUACGACGUGAUGGCCAUAAAGGACGUCAAGAGGCUGUUGCGGCUGAGGCGGAGGGCGAAGAUCAAGGCGAACAACGCGCUGCGCGCGAAGCGAUAG